GGCUAUUCCCGCAUUCCCUGUAAGAAGGAACUGUUGGUCUUCGUAGCAGUGACCAGAAGCAAAGAUGGUAAAAACAUCAUGGAAAAUUAUCCCUCGACCUCUCAUGGAGGCCGUCCUCAGCAACCAUGCCCGGCAACACCGCGUCCCACAGCCUCUCAUUCUCCAUGGGCCUCGUGGAGUCGGCAAAACCACUCUCAUCCUUGAACGUCUUUUCAGCCAAUGGAACAGCGGCCCUCAUGUCACAGGCUAUGUAGACUUUGCGAAACCAAUAACAGAUCACCAUCCGGCACAUGGCCAUUCUUUCCCUUGGGAUUCUUGGUCCAACUGCUCUCCCCCGUCGCUACCCAUUCUCCAGGCCCAACUAGAGAGCUGCCUUGAAUCGUUGGCGUGGAAGGGCAUCAAGCUAUGCACGAUUAGCUCUCACCUGAUAUUCACAACCCUUAACAAGUGGCACGGACUCACUGCGGCUCUUAAGCAGAUCUUGAGUGCUGAUGAUCUGUCAAAUAGCCCCAGAACUUAUGUGUCCGCCACUAGGGUCCAAUCAGCACUUAAUUUGUGGGAAAGGGCAGUAUUAGCUGCAUCUGCUCGAUUAAAUGCCGAUGAGAUCAGUGGAUUGGACGGAGAGGAGGAAGGGUCGUAUAACAGAGAAUCCUUGGCAGCCUUGAAGCUGGCAAAGGCUGUUAUGAGGCUGCAGCAGAAGUGGAGAAGUAAUGCAGUCAAACAUUUGAAUCAAUCUGGUGGGUUUUCAAGGUCUUUGGCAAAUUCUGCUACAGACUGGCCCUCUUUAUUGAUCGAACUCUUGUCUUCAGCAGCCGAAGUUGACUAUUUUCAGCCGAAGUUGGUUAUAAACAACAUAGAGGUUUUAAAGAAUGCUGUACUAAUAGAUGAUUCUUCAGUCUGUGCAUCCAUGUAUCAUGAUAGUUUGAUAUGGAGAAUAAUAGCAUUGGGCGCGAACGAGCGAUGUCUCCCAGUUAUUUUUGUAACUUCAGAUAGCUAUUACUCAUAUCGUGCUUACAUUGAUUUUGGAUUUCCAGACAUUUUCAUCUCCCGUGAGACAUUUGGAUGGACUCCUGCAGAAGCUAAAAUGCAUUUGACUGGUCAGUUUUUUAGCAAGACUGAGUUGGAUGUGAUUGUUGAAGUUUUAGGAUCAAACCCGAGGCAUCUCUUUGAGCUUUAUGCACUGAAAUUAAGUAGCUAUUGCCAAAAGGAUGCCAAGAAUACAUUUGAGGACAUUGUCGAUGCAUACCUGGCAUAUCUACAAAUGACUGUGGUUAAUCCUGCAAUGGAUAAGGCAUUAUCAAGGGUGCAGAAGUUUGCAAACGAUGUACAUAGUGGACGAAUUCCAAAAGACAAAUUGUGUUUUGGAGCUCCUUGGAGAAAUCUUCCACAUGCCAAUGACCAAGCCUCGUGUCGUGAGUGGGCUAAGAUUCAACUAUUAGACUUUGUUCAGUCGCUUGUCAAUGCAGAAUUUGGGUUAAACUACCUGCAAGAUUGCAGUCUUGAAAUUUUCGAUGAUCCAUGUGCUGUUGCAUUAAUAGAGGUUGGCUUGCUUUACAUGCAACGGGAUCCAUCCAUUGUUCGUCCCAUAUCUAGGGGUAUACAGAGGUGCUUGGUCAGAUGGCUUGUUCAGGAGCGUAUGGAAAUGGGCUUCAAGAAGUCAUUGCAGUAUCAAUGGCAAAGAGUUAUGCGGGGCCGGAGCUAUCGUCAUUUGUUGUAAAAUAAGAAAGUGGAAAAUACAAUUAGGAUGAUAUGCAGGACCCGCCUACGAGGAUGCUGAUUGGAGUGGGUAGACGACGUGGGGGCGUAUACUAUUUUCACAGUAUUGAAGAAACUUUGGCUUUAGCUGUAGGAGACGUCAAUAAAAGUGAUCUUUGGCAUGCAAGGCUCGGCCAUCCUUCACCUUCAGUAGUGCGAACCAUAUCCAGUACCAAUAAAGUAAUUCCUUACCUUCAUGUUCAAAAUAAACCUUGUGAUGCCUGUUUACGGGCAAAGAAAACUAGAGAUGUAUUUGGAAUAAAUUCUGCCAGAGCUACUAGUUGUUUUGAAUUAAUCCAUUGUGACGUGUGGGG